UUGUGUAAUUUGAUCACGUUUGUGUUAUUAUUCAUAAACUAUUGUAGGUAUUUUCUGAUUUUUUUUCCAUUCAUUUGGCAAUGGCGUUUGCCAAGUUGUUGCUUUGUAAUUGGCCACGUCUUUGACUGGCAAGCGAUAGUCGAGUUAUAAUGUAGCAAGUUGUCAAAACAAAAGUAGCGAAGUGACACGGAUUCAUAAGUUGUAUUGAGACUGACUUCACGUUUCUUUAUCGUUAUACUGAAGCCAAGUUUGGUUUAGUAGACUACUCUUCUCUAGGACACUUCCACGUAGUUACUUUAAUAACAAACCGAAUUCCAGCAAUACUACUGAAUCAGGUGAACUUUUACUUACAGUGUUUUAACCACUCAGGUACUUAAGUGUCAGAGAGAGAGAGAGAGAGAGAGAAAGGCGGGGUAUGUUAAAUAGGAGGUUAGAGUAUCCAAUGGCCUGUUCCUUUUGAGGGAGAGCAACAAUCCCCUCCCAUUUCUUUUCUCCCACCUCAUUUCCCAUCCUCCCCCUGCCUUUAAACCUUCAUGAUUUGUUUGAAGAGACACUGGAGAACUAGACUGCUCUGUUUCAGGGUGAUGGCCGAGGGAUAACGGCAAGGACUCUCAGCCCCUCCACCCCUUCCACCCCCUUUCUUAUUUUUUAUCUUAUCCAAACACCUCUCUCCUCUCCCUGUUUAAAUUUUAUUUUUUUACUUUCCUGUUUUUCUCAAUUUUCCGUUGAGCCAACUCACUCUCCUGCUCCUCUAUUUAAUGGAGGACAGCCAAGCCGAUAACAACAAAGCACGUCUCCAUCUCCGUCCAGCAAUAGAAGUUCUGGAUCGUUCUCCUGUCGUGUUAUUGAUGACAAAAUGAUUGGAUGAGAAGUAAGGAUCAUAUGAUUGGACCUCAGUUCUCUCCACCCCUAUUGGACAACGUUUUUUCUUUGUUUUCUUUGGACCCUAUUGGCUGUUUGUCACUUCAACACUGUCCCACCUCAACUGUUUUCUUUUCCUCACUGUAGUCCAUCCUCUGAUGUCAUUGGGCCAUGGUUCGCAAGAGAGGCUCCCUUAUCUUGUGUGGAGCUUUCCUAUUCGUCGCCUGCAAUGGCUUGCUUCUCCUGUUCCUUUGGGGACGAACUCCCAUUGGUCGCUUUGGGGAAGGGGGCGGGGCUGAACCAGGGGGGCGGGAAGAGUGGGGUGUGGCCAAAAUAAAAGGGGGUGGGACUAAUCUGGCUGGCGAGGUGAUCCGAUUGGCCGAAGAGGUAGAAUCGGAACUCGAGACCCAGAAGGAACUUCUGAAGCAGAUUCAGAGUCACAGGUCACUAUGGGAAAAGAGGAAAGGGAUGGGAAAAAGACAGACGGAUGGAGGGAAGGUAGAAAAUAAAGAGGAGGAACACAAACCGAUACCACAGUUGUCUGCAGUACCUCCAACGGAUGAUUCAGAGAACAAGGACCAAAGUCAAGAGGAAAAUACACCGGAAUUGAUCAUUACAGCGGUCCAAAACCCUGAAGUAGACACAAAACUGGACAAUGAAAUAAAAGAGCUGACCGACUACACCAAAUUGGAAGUCACCGUCAUCAGCCCACAAGUUGUCAUUCCCAUAUUGGUCAUCGCCUGUGACAGAGUGACUGUGAAAAGGAGUCUUGACAAGUUGAUCCAAUACCGCCCCUCUGCAGAACUCUACCCAAUCAUAGUUAGUCAGGACUGUGGCCAUGCUGAGACAGCCCAAGUGAUUGGCUCAUAUGGCAGUCAGGUGACCCACAUUAGCCAACCAGACCUCUCGAACAUCCGGGUACGGCCGGAGCACAGAAAGUUCCAGGGCUACUAUAAGAUUGCCAGACACUACCGCUGGGCCCUCAACCAGGUGUUCAACACACUCUCUCACUCCACCGUAGUGAUCGUGGAAGAUGACUUGGAGGUGGCCCCAGACUUCUUUGAGUACUUCCGUGCCCUCCACCCCAUCUUGACCUCUGACCCCACCCUGUGGUGUGUGUCUGCCUGGAACGACAACGGCAGGGAGGGGCUGGUGGACCCUGGGAAGGCAGACCUCCUCUACAGGACAGACUUCUUCCCUGGGCUGGGCUGGAUGCUGCUGAAGGACGUCUGGGCAGAACUAGAGCCCAAGUGGCCCACGGCAUUCUGGGACGACUGGAUGCGUCACCCCGAGCAGCGUAAAGAACGCUCCUGCAUCCGUCCAGAGAUCUCCAGAACUAUGACCUUCGGACGCAAGGGUGUCAGCUUGGGUCAGUUCUUUGACCAGUAUCUGCGUUAUAUUAAACUCAACACUGACUUUGUGCCUUUCACCAAACAGGAUCUGUCUUACUUGAUGAAGGAGAACUUUGACGUGAACUUUGUGAAGCAGGUUUACAGCGCCCCCCUGAUUAAGGUGGAGGAGUUGCAACAAGGCGGUGGUUUGACGGGAACUGGUCCGUACCGGGUGCAAUAUUCCACCCGGGACAAUUUUAAGGUUCUUGCCCGUAACUUAGGGGUGAUGGAUGACUUUAAAUCGGGGGUUCCCCGUGCGGGUUACAGGGGUGUGGUUAGCUUCCUGUCCCGUGGACGACGGGUCUUCUUGACCCCACCUGAGGGAUGGACAAAGUACAACGUCAGCUGGAGCUGAAAGGUUUGGACAGGACUUAGUGCGAAUGUUAUCGAAGACGGACUCGACAGAGAGGAACACCCUCUCAAACCAAAAAGAAAACAAGGUAACCUGAAGGAACUGAAGCUAAACAGACCGGUGGGUGAAAGGAUUGGAUAUGUGUGAUAGAGUAAGACACUCGUUUUAUGAGUGAAAAACUGAAUGCAGUGUGACACAGGGCAACACCCAGGCAGUGAAACCACAGCACGUCUCACAGAAAUGACAAACCAUUUAAUGCUUGGUUGUUCUCCUGUUAGAGCUGGAACACUUUAUGGUAGGGGUGUCAAUCAUUCCAUGGAGGGCUUAGUGUUUUUUUUUUAUAAUGACCUAGACGACCAGGUGAGGGGAGUUCCUUACUGAGACCUAGACGACCAGGUGAGGGGAGUUCCUUACUGAGAACUAGACGACCAGGUGAGGGGAGUUCCUUACUGAGAGCUAGACGACCAGGUGAGGGGAGUUCCUUACUGAGACCUAGACGACCAGGUGAGGGGAGUUCCUUACUGAAACAACCAGGUGAGGGGAGUUCCUUACUGAGACCUAGACGACCAGGUGAGGGGAGUUCCUUACUGAGAGCUAGACGACCAGGUGAGGGGAGUUCCUUACUGAGACCUAGACGACCAGGUGAGGGGAGUUCCUUACUGAGACCUGGACGACCAGGUGAGGGGAGUUCCUUACUGAGACCUAGACGACCAGGUGAGGGGAGUUCCUUACUGAGAGCUAGACGACCAGGUGAGGGGAGUUCCUUACUGAGACCUAGACAACCAGGUGAGGGGAGUUCCUUACUGAGAGCUAGACGACCAGGUGAGGGGAGUUCCUUACUGAGACCUAGACGACCAGGUGAUGGGAGUUCCUUACUGAGAGCUAGACGACCAGGUGAGGGGAGUUCCUUACUGAGAGCUAGACGACCAGGUGAGGGGAGUUCCUUACUGAGAGCUAGACGACCAGGUGAGGGGAGUUCCUUACUGAGACCUAGACGACCAGGUGAGGGGAGUUCCUUACUGAGAGCUAGACGACCAGGUGAGGGGAGUUCCUUACUGAGAGCUAGACGACCAGGUGAGGGGAGUUCCUUACUGAGACCUAGAAGACCAGGUGAGGGGAGUUCCUUACUGAGACCUAGACAACCAGGUGAGGGGAGUUCCUUACUGAGACCUAGACGACCAGGUGAUGGGAGUUCCUUACUGAGACCUAGACGACCAGGUGAGGGGAGUUCCUUACUGAGACCUAGACGACCAGGUGAGGGGAGUUCCUUACUGAGACCUAGACAACCAGGUGAGGGGAGUUCCUUACUAAUUAGUGACCUUAAUUCGUCAAUCAAGUACAAAGGAGUAGUGAAAACCCCCAGACACUCGGUCCUCCGUGGAAUGAAUUUGACACGUGGUUUACGGUUUGCUUCAACGUGAUGUCUUAAACCUAAAGUUUGAUUACAUGGAUUUGGAGGCCUCAGACUUGCUUUUUGUGUUGUUUUUUCCCUGUGUCACCAGAUCUUAAAAGAUUCAAAUGGCUCCCUAUAUACUGCACAACUUUUGACCAGGAACCAUAGGGCUGUAGUAUAAAGUAGUGCAGUAUAUAGGGAUCCAUUUAGGACAGCCGCUGUCUACAUUCUAUUCACAGAUGUCUACUUUAAAAGAACUUGCAGUAUUCCACUCACUCAAAGUGAAUGAAUGAGGUCGAAAUAUUAGUUAGACUGGUAUUAAACUUUUAUCAUAAAUAUAUAAUCUGAUUUAUUCUUAAAAUGGAAAAAAAGUAUCAUGAUUUUUUUGGGAGGGGGAAAUACUAUUUUGGGAAUGAUUUAUUUGUCUCUUGUAAAUGGUUUAUAAAGAGAUGAUCCUACAAAUAAAUGAUCAGAGAUUCAUACAUUGCCUUGCAGCGAGCCAGUUUAACACACUGUAGCGCUUACCCCAAAUGGCACCAUAUUUCCUAUAUAGUGCACUACCUUUGCCCAGAACCCUAUGGGCCCUGGGCAAAAGAAGUGCACUAUAAAGGAAAUAGGGUGCCAUUUAGGACUUCAAUAUACUUUAGUCCUUUUUCAAAAUGAAUGAUCGGUUUUAAUUCCAUGACAUUCAAACGGUGGUCUGCUACAAUUGGGUUUGUUGAAGAAACAAAAAAACUAUGAUUACAUGUUUUCUUGAUUUACGUGAUUGGGUGUAACUCGGUGAUAUGUGAAGGGUGAUUUUUAAUUCAUGUACUUGAUUUAGUUCUGGGGUGAUUGAUUGUCAGAAAGAUCGAUUCAUAUGUCCUAUAUGGUGAUGUGUAAGAACCACUGCCUGAUGCGUUUUAUAACUUGAAUACGUUGCAAAUAAAACUGACUAUUUUGCUAUUUGUCCACAUA